AAACUUCAUUAAAUGGUUCAUCUUAUUGUUUAUUAUUAUUUUAUUUUAUUUAUAAUAUUAGGACUAUAAUCGUUAGUAGGAUUUAAAGGGGAGUGAUUUUUAUUAGGAGUAUCUGAUAUAAAAUUUAGAUUAUGGAUUCUUGUUUUAGUCGGUUAAAAUGAUUGGUUGAUGAUUUUCAUUAGAGGUAUCUCGGUUUAUCAUAAAUGAAGCAUUACGUGCUCUUUUGGUAACGCGAGAGGUUUAAAAAAUCACCCAAAUCCUUGAUUGGAAUAUUUCUAAGGAUCUGGGAAAUGGUUGAUUUUGAAUUAAAUAAAGGAAAUAAGUUUUGUACCAUCUACUUUAACUUUAACUUUAGCAUCAAAACAAGGGGAAGAGAGUUCCCCUCCUUAAACAUCCCUCCUCUUCUUCCAUUCCCUCAGCUCAAAAACUUCCAAGCACAGCUUAAAAGGGGAGGGUUGCAUUUAAUUUACUUUUCUGCUGAUUGGCAAAACUUUAUUCAAGGAGCUUGAUGUAAUGUAUGUGUUACGAUCCUACUCCAAGGUACGAGAGUCAGAGUCCCACAUCAGAAAUAUAAGGUUCUGGUGUGCGGUUUAUAUGGACUUUGGAUUCUCUUACCUCAUCGGUUAGCUUUUUGAGGUGAGGCUCUCUUAAGUUGCAAUCAAGUGACACGAGUGGUGACGCUGGCAUUGAAGUGUUCGUCCGAGGCUAGUAAAAAGACGAGUGCAAAGCCCAGCCUGCGUGGGCGCCGAGGCUGCGAAACAUGGUGGAAUGUUAUUAUCCUACUCCAAGGUGUGGGGAUUUGGAGUCCCGUAUCGGAAACAUAAGGCUUUGGUGUGGGGUUUAUAUGAACUUCGGGUUCUCCUACUUCAUGGGCUACCUUUUUCAGUGAGGCUCUCCCAAGAAGGUGUGCGUGCUGGAUUCAAGGCAGCUUCUAUUGCAUGUGUCGCCAGUGCCGUGCCUACAUUGGCUGCAGUUCGCAUGAUUCCAUGGGCCAAGGCAAACCUCAAUUAUACUGCACAGGCACUUAUCAUAUCUGCUGCAUCCAUUGCUGCAUACUUCAUCACUGCUGAUAAAACUAUCUUGGAGUGUGCAAGAAAGAAUGCGAAGCUUGAAGACUCUUUGAGACACAAUAGAUAAUACAGUUAUAUCUUAGAAACUGCAACAUGUAAGAAAUAUCGUUGGUCUUGGGGCAUGAUGGUGCUACUUCUUGUAAUGCAAGUUCGGCUGGCCUAUUGCAAAGUUUUUGUUUAUGGGUCUGUCUGAGAUGGAUUUCAAAGUGUAUUUUCUUGAAUAAAAUAUUUUGUUGUUAUGUAACAUUCAAAUUUAAAAGGGGGCGAACCGGAGCAGUGGUAAAACUGUUUCUUUAUGACUGAAAGAUCAUGGGUUCGAAUUCAGGAAACAGCCUCUUUGCAAUUAUGCAAGGGUAAGGCUGCGUACAAGGAUUUUUUCCACCUCACACUCGCUAGUCGGGUUUAACGGGGAGUGGUUUUUUUUAUGUAACAUUCAAAUUUGGAAUUGCUCUCCCUACGGCUUCAAAAGUUGUAAGUUGUGCUGUGGGUGACUUCAUGUCCUUUGCUAGCUUUUGUUGCAAUCUCUACUUGUCAUAAAAGUUUAAAAUAAA